AUGGCUCUAGGCAUCCUCGAACCCAAGGAAACGCAGGUGGCAGGAACUGUCCAUGUGAAGAGUCAGGCGCAGAGUCACACGGAAGCGCAGGACACAAACAGAGCACUCAAGAAGGACAAGACUGGCACGAUCAUCCUUGUGCCUCAACCUAGCGACGAUCCAAAUGAUCCUCUGAACUGGCCGUUAUGGCAGCGCGAUGUUAUCCUCUUCAUCCUUUCCAUCGUCACGGUCGUUGCUACGACAGCCUCGCCAUUGUUGGCCGCCGAUUCCGUCCUAUUAGCCAUCUACUUCAGGACAACUUUCCAAAAGGCUGCUAACCUGACUGCCUUCCACUUGGCAGGCGUCGCUGUCGGCGCCGUCAUAUUCGUACCAUCUGCAAGAGUGUGGGGCAAGAGACACGUUUUUCUCCUGGGAGCACUGCUUAUGUGCGUGACCUCUGCAUGGGGUGGGUCAACACAUAACAACAGGAAUUAUGCUUCACUAUUAUGGGCUCGUGUGUUCCAAGGCGUGGCUUUGGCUCCCUUUGAGUCGCUAGCCAACGCCGUCGUUGGAGAUCUGUACUUUGUCCACGAACGUGGACCGCGCAUGGCAUUUGUCAAUACGGCUAUUUUUGGAGGAGCUUUCCUAACUCCUGUCUUUGUGGGAAUGAUAGCAGCUCAUAUCGGGUGGCAGUGGUCCUUCUACCUGCUGUCUAUCUUCUCGGGCAUCGGCUUUCUGGCUCUGUUUUUCUUUGUUCCAGAAACUGCCUUCAGACGAGCAGACUCCCUCAAUACGGACAUGGUUACGACAGCGACAUCAUCUGUGGUGACUGAGUCGUCAGCUGCGAGCUUAAACUCAGACGAGAAGUACUUGCGAAUGGCGACAUCUGCGGGCACUGCUCCAGAUACUGCUAGAAGGGCACGGGAUCCCUAUGUUCGGCGUCUGCUUCCAUUCAACGGCAAGAAAAGUGACGAUUCGUUCUUCAAAUUACUUCUACGACCUUUCCCAUUAUACCUGCAACCAGCUGUGAUAUGGGGUUGUCUGAUGCAAGGCGUUAUCAUCGGUUGGACUGUGAUGGUGGGUGUGAUCUUGUCGCUUAUCUUCCUCAGCCCACCCCUCUUUUUCACCGAAGAACAAUCUGGAAAGAUGUACACUGCAGCGUUCAUUGGCGCCAUGAUGGGCCUGGUGAUCUCAGGUGUUUUCACCGAACUUGUCACCAGGUGGCUGAUUCGACUGAACAACGGCAAAUAUGAACCCGAGUACCGCAUUUUGCUUGCUGCUCCAACCUUGGUCUUCACUGCUAUCGGACUCUAUGGCUUCGGCAUAACUUCUGCGAAUACUUACAGAUACGGCUGGCUGAUCCCUGAAGUGUUCCUAGCAUUCAUUAUUGCCAGCAUGGUUAUGGGCGCUGUCGCUUCUGCCCAGUAUCUGUUGGAUGCACACCGAGACAUCGACGUGGAGAUAUUCACGAACCUCAUCAUAUUCAAGAACAUCUAUUCUUUUGUGCUAGCGUAUUUCGCCUAUACCUGGAUCUUCUCUACAGGCAUCAAGCAUAUGUUUGUUAUCUUUGCAAGCAUCGAGGUGGCUAUUUGCUGCUUGAGUAUACCAAUGUAUGUACUAGGAAAGAAGAAUCGCGCCUUCUUCCAGAAGCACGAUAUCCUUGGAAUAGCGAAGUUGAGAUAA